UAUCAAAGUCAGGUUAACAACGCAUUGAGAUGGCGGAAACAACCAAAAUACUCUCUGGUGAAGAUUAUCUUGAUAAUUUUGAUGCAAAGUCAUAUGCAGGAGCAUUUUUUAGUGAGAUUGAAAUUGAGGGAUUUUCAUUUACAGAAUUUAGAUUGAAAACUCUACACAAAAUAUAUUCAAAAGGUAACAUAAAAGGAAAACUGCUACUGGAAAUUGGAUCUGGACCUUGUAUACACACAGUAAUACCUGCAGCAAGUUGGUUUGAUGAAAUAAUUAUGACAGACUUUUCACCUAGUAAUAGAGACAUGCAAGAAAAAUGGCUGAAAAAAGACCCAGGCGCACAUAACUGGGACAAGUUUUUCAAAUAUUACAGUAAACUAGAUGGUAAUGAGGACAACUGGCAACAACUUGAGGCUGCUUUAAGACCAAAGAUAAAACGAGUUCUGACCUGCGAUGUAUUCAAACAAAAUCCUCUCGAUCCAAUUCAAUUAGAUCCAGUUGAUGUCAUCUGUACCAGUGCGUGUCUGGAAUCAGCCUGUCCAGAUAAAGAUGCAUAUCACAAUGCGAUGAAAAAUGUAGUAUCUUUGUUGAAACCGGGCGGAAAACUUAUUCUGAUCGGAAUUCUCAAUUGUCCUCAUUAUGUUGUUGGGAGUGAAAUUUUUCAGUGUUUGUCCAUCUCCAGGGACGAAGUUAUCAAUACAGUUAAAGCGAAUGGUUUAGAUGUAAUUGAAUUAUUUGAUGACGAUACUUCGGUAGAAGAGGGCACAACAAUAUUUAAUGGAACAGUUUUUAUACUUGCUGAGAAAAAAUAACUGGUGUUGGUGUUCAAUCGCUUUAGUACAUUGACUAAAAUAUCGAAUAUACUGAUAUUUUUCAUCGGCGAGAUGCCACUAUAUAUAGUAUGUGUUUAAGCCAAUUAGGACUAGCUUUAUAUUAAUUCACAAUCUGAAAUUUUUAUUGAUGAGACUUGUUUUUAAUAGACCAAGAUUGAAAUGUUCAGAUUUUAAGAUCUCGAUAGCACUGUCAACUUAGAAGCCAGUCCUUCGGUACUGUCAUGUUUUUUAAUGAUACAUUUUAUUACACCCCACUUUAAAGAGAGGUCUUAUUAGUCGCAUAUUGUAAUAGUGUCCUAAUACGAUUUAUACGGUGUCAGUAAAUUUCAUAUGGGGAGAGAGCGAAACGAAUCUCUAGCCCCAUAUAGAAUUUACUGACACCAUAUAUAUCUUAUUUGGUCACUAGCAGAUUGUGUAAGGAAUUUAUCUUACCGACUAUCUUUAUAUUUGGA